AUGGCGGGGCCGCCGGAGCUGGAGGGAGCGGCGGGGAUGGCGGCGCCGCCGGAGGCGGAGGAGGUGCUGACGCGGGGCUUCUCGGAGGAGCAGUUUGGGGCCGCCUGCCGGGAGCUGGACCAGCCGGCGCCGGCCGCGGCGGGGCCCUGGCAGCUCCUGGUGGAGACCAUGGGCGUGCGGAUCUACCGGCUGUACCACCAGCAAUCAGGACUUUAUGAAUAUAAAAUCUUUGGUGGUCUUGCUGACAUUCCCCCAAAAUUGUGUGCAGAUGUCUACAUGGACUUGGAUUUCAGAAAAGAGUGGGAUCAGUAUGUUAAAGAACUAUAUGAGGAAACAUAUGAUGGUGAAAAAGUAAUCUACUGGGAAGUGAAGUACCCUUUUCCUCUCUCAAACAGAGAUUAUGUCUAUAUCCGGGAGUGCCGGGAGAUGGAUGUGCAGGGGAGGAAGAUCUGGGUUGUGCUAGCAAAAAGUGUGGCUGUUCCUCAGUGCCCUGAGAAGCCUGGUAUUAUCAGAGUUAAGAGCUAUAAACAAAGCCUGGUAAUUGAAAGUGAUGGCAAGGCUGGAUGUAAAGUCUAUAUGUACUAUUUUGAUAAUCCUGGUGGCAUGAUUCCAACCUGGCUGGUCAACUGGGCUGCCAAGAGUGGCGUGCCUGCUUUCUUGAAGGAUAUACAAAAAGCUUGCCUUAAUUAUUCUAAGACACAUAGGUGUUGAAAUUGAUUUUAAUAAUUUCAUUCCUAGAUCUCUGCUCUUACACUGGAUAAAAUCUACCUCUAAUAUUGGAAAGAAUUUUAUUUUAGUUGAGUUAUGCCUUGAGUUUUAUUAGAUUUUUUUCGACUGAAGAGCUAGCCACUGGCAAAGUAGCUUUUGAAAAUACUCAAGUUUAACCUUGUUCCCCAUGCUUUGCUUAUGCUGGUUGUCAGGUAUCAACUAGAGGAGUUCUGUGUUGGAUAUGUUACAUCCUUGCACAAGAGACAACAAUUUUACUAGAAAAAUGUCUGAACUUGGACUUCAGAUUAUCUGCAUGUGUUAUGCCUGGAUGUGCUUUUGCUACCCAAGUUUGUCAUUCUUAAACUCCCUGCCUGAUAUAAACCUAAAAAAUGCUGAGGAAUUAUGUAAAUUACUAGAAAUGUGCAAUAGGAAGUCUGUGAUGCUAAGCUCCCUUAAAUCCAGCUGUAAAAAGAUCGAGCCUAAAGCAUUCAGAGCUCCUUACUUCUGUAUGAAAUGUAAAAACCUUUCUUUGUGUCCAGCUAGAAGAAAAAGGAGGUGACUUCUUGCAUGUCUGAUUUAAGGGGAACAAGUUUUAUCUCCAGAGUCAGUAGCCUUAUCUAUAAAGCAGCUUGGGCACCAACUUGAAACUGGAGGUAAUUUUAAACUGGGUGCCUGCCACUGAAUGUGGAUGAGCUUGAUGUGGAACUUGGGCUUGCUUGCAUUUUUAAAUUUCAUGCUGAUAUAAAGAAUGGAUGGUGACAGACUAAAAGCUUAACUGAACAGGAAAUUAAAUUUCCAGCACCUUUUCUUGGGGUGGUGGUGGGGAGGGGGAGGAGGGACAGGAAGUGCAUAAAAGAAUGAGAGGACACCAUUCUCAGGGAUUUAAAAUAUUCAACAUUUUUCGUAAAUCAAAUCCUGUUUCUGAAUGAGUCUGGUAAUGGAGUAGCUUUGUGUUGUUAAAAAAUAAACACUUGAAAUGAUGCAUUUACACCUUGUGUGAAUAUUUCCAAUAAAUCAUUAUUUUGUCCA